GACCAGAUAACAGAAUCAGUGCAGGCGCAGUGCGCGAAAUAGCCUCUUCAGUAAUAGUUUUAAGAUUCUGAAAUUAAAAUGCACACUGCAAUACAGCAAGACGUCCUCCCCUUGACUGAGGACUACUGACCAACAAGAUUGCGAAACUGCGCUAAUUAGUAUAGCAAAAGCUAGGCGUGGACGCUGUGAGCAUCCGGGUGAGUGCUCAAGUGAGUGAGGCUUAGAGAUGAUCGUUCGAUGCAGUCUGGUCUAAUUUGUUGCAACCUGCAACACAAUUCUAUACUUCCCGAGCAUUCUGCACGUGGAUCGGAGAGGUCGUGACAGUUGUGGGGAGUGCGAAUGUCCGUAGAUGAGAAAUGGGACCAGCCAGUGCUGUGGAUCGUGUCCCGAGACGCUGUUCGGUGCUGCUCAACAUGGAGGCUGACCGCAGCCACUAGAGAACUGAAGUCACCAGCCAGGAUUCCCUAAUUGGACCAGGUUGACAUCCCGAAAUGGGGAAAUCAUAUUCAGUGAGAUGCACCUGGCUGACCGUGUUCCAAUCACAACAAAGGAAAAGACCUUAAUAUUUGGAAACAAAAAAAAGAAAAAGAAGUGGAUGGAGUAGACGAGCUCCAGGCCCCUGCGCAGCCCCCUGGUCCUCGCUCUCACCGCUCCCGCUGCAGCAGCAAAAAUAGAGGCCGCUGAUUCCACGAGAUCAAUGAUGACACCAGACUCAUGGUCAGUAUUUUUAUUACUUAGCAAUAUCUUACUGAAUGCAGAGGGAUGGCCGACUAAAGAAGGAUAUGAUCCAAAACAUUAUCUGCCUUUAGUGCGUUUGCGACAUAAGCAAGAUGGAAGUCCAGACAGGCUAAAAGAUACUAUUAUACCUGCUAAGAUUCUCCAUCAAUUACCAUUUUUGCAUCUGAAAUCCAUCAGAACCUGGGGACCCAUCAGCCCGCAACACAAGCAAUUUACUGAGUGCCACUUCUUCAUAUACUACGGACAGGAUAGUUACUUUGGACCCUGUGAAAACAAGUACUGUGGGCUUGGCCGACAUUGUAUUGUAAACAAAGAGACAGGACAGGCGGACUGUGCAUGCAUGGAGCGGUGCAAGCCCAAUUACAAACCUGUGUGUGGUUCUGAUGGGGAACUUUAUGAAAACCAUUGUGAACUUCAUCGUGCUGCCUGCUUGAAGAAACAAAAAAUUUCAGUUGUCCAUAAUGAAGACUGCUUUUUCAAAGGGGACAAAUGUAAAUUGACUGAAUACAGCAAACUGAAAAACACGCUUCUAGAUCUCCAGAACCAAAACUACAUCCGACAAAGAAAUAACAAAGAGAACGAAGACAAAAUGUCUCUCAAAAAGGUGUUGGUGGAUAACAUGUUUGAAUAUUUUGAUUCAAAUGAAGAUGGGUAUGUUGACAGCAAUGAAUUGACUCAGGUAAUUAAACAGGAUAGACUCGGAAAGCAUCUCUCUCAGUGUUCAUUAUUUGAUCUACUGAAAUAUGAUGAUUAUAAUAACGACAAACACCUAACACAGGAGGAGUUCUACAGAGCAUUUCAGGUGAUUCAACUGAACCUGGCAGAAGGACAGGAAGUGAGUAUCACCUCAGCAACAGUAGGACAAAGUGCAGUCCUAACAUGUUCAAUUCAGGGGAUCCUAAGGCCCCCAAUAAUUUGGAAACGCAACAAUAUUAUCCUCAACCAUUUGGAUCUAGAAGAUAUAAGUGAUUUUGGAGAUGAUGGUUCUCUAUAUAUAACCAAGGUUACAACAACUCACAUGGGAAACUAUAGCUGUCAUGCAGAUGGUUAUGAAAAGCUCUAUCAGACUCAUAUCCUGCAAGUGAAUGUUCCUCCAGUUGUUAGAGCGUAUCCAGAAAGUCAAACUCGUGAACCCGGGGUGACUGCCAGUCUCAGGUGUCAUGCUGAAGGCAUUCCACAUCCUUUGAUUAGUUGGUUGAAAAAUGGUGUUGACAUUAUGACGAAACUAUCAAAACAGCUAACCUUGCAAGCAAAUGGGAGUGGAGUGCACAUUAGUAAUGUGCGCUAUGAAGAUACUGGUGCUUACACUUGCAAUGCCAAGAAUGAUGCAGGAGUGGAUGAAGAUAUUGCAUCACUUUUCGUGGAAGAUGCAGCCAGAAAGACACGAUUGGGAGUAGGAAACAUGUUCUAUAUAUUUUAUGAGGACGGAAUCAAGGUGAUUCAACCGAUAGAAUGUGAGAUUCAGCGACACAUUAAACCUUCUGAGAAGAUUCUAGGAAAUCAGGAUGAAGUUUGUCCCAAAGCUGACAAUGAAGCAAUCCAGCGAUGUGUGUGGGCUACUGCUGUGAACAUUAGAAACAAGUACAUCUAUGUGACACAGCCAAAGUUGAACAGAGUGCUGAUAGUUGAUGUUCAAUCUCAGAAAGCAAUUCAGAUUGUAGCCACUGAUCCAGUUCCAGUGAAACUUCACUAUGAUAAAUCACAUGAUCAAGUCUGGCUCCUUAGCUGGGGUGAUGAUGAAAAAGACUCACCAACAUUGCAAGUAAUUAAUCAAGCCAGUGAGAGUGCAGCCCAUCAUACUGUUCAUACUCAACCAGUUGGAAAGCAGUUUGACAGGGUGGAUGAUUUUUUCAUUCCUUAUACUACUAUCAUCGUUAAUCACAUCAGGUUUGGAUUUAUUCUUCACAAAGGUGAACCAGCCCUUCAUAAAAUUGACCUUGAAAGCAUGACAUAUAUUAAGACCAUCAGUUUGAAAGACUAUAAUUGUGUCCCACAGUCACUUGCCUAUAGUCACCUUGGUGGAUAUUAUUUUGUUCAAUGCAAUGUGGGCAUUACAGGAGCGACUGAACCACAAAUUAUAGUUGACAGUGUCACUGAUUCUGUAAUUGGCUACAAUGGUGACAUAUCAGGUGUUCCUUAUAUUUCUCCAGACGGACAUUACUUGGUCAGUAUAGAUGAUCAAAGGGGUCUCAUGAGAGUUCAAUCCAUCACCAUCCAAGGGGAAAUCCGAGAAUGUUUUGAAAUACAUACCAGCCUCCAUAUUUCAGAUACCACCUUUCAGCCUUCUUUCACUGAAGCCAAUCAGUACAAUAUCUUUGCCAGCUCCCGUGUGCAAACCAAUGUGCUCUUUGUGGAGCUGUCCACAGGGAAAGUGAAGAUGGUGAAGAGCCUAAAAGAACCCAUGAAGACUGAAGAGUGGCCAUGGAACAAUAAAAACCGAGUGAUUGUAAACAGUGAUCUGUUUGGCCAGUAUCUCAUGACACCCUCAAAAGAAUCUUUGUUUAUUUUAGAUGGAAGGCUUACUAAGUUAAACUGUGAGAUCACUGAGGUGGAUAAAGGGAACACAAUAAUUUGGGUUGGUGAAGCAUGAAGAUUACUUUUUUUUAAGAAAAAUAGAUUCCUGGUACAGAGUUUUCCACUGCACUUAAGCUGCAACAACUUGGGCAGCAACAAUUCUGUUUGAUACACUAUAUAACUUGCACAAUUAAAUGUAAAACAAAUUUGCAGAUAAAAAGACCCAGAUCUUUUGACUGACAUAACCAUGCUAAUGACACUAAUUGGAAUUUCCUAAUUUCUUAGUGCUAGAGGUUGCUAACCUUAACAAAAAGGUUUUUCUAUAGCUACAAAAUGGUUUGGCAAAAAAGAAUCUAAUAGCUGCAGGGAAUUGUAAUUUUUACCCUAUUUACAUUUUUGCUUUCAUAAUUGAUUUUGCUUAUGGAUUUCAAAUCCCAUAGUUCCUACUUCCAUGUUCCUAAUUAACUUUUCAAAUCCCUAGAAUUAUUUGUGCCUUCCUAAUUUCUAGGAAGAGGGUUAAUUAUUAAUCAUUUUGGUUACAUACUGUUCAUCACAUGAGGAAAAGCUGCUCAGAUCUAAGUGCCGAAAUUAAUGUCCAAGUAAUGACUAAUUCAUAAAAAUAAUGAUGCCUUCAAUAUUGGUUUGUUAUGCAUAGAAAGAAGCAAUCCCUUUUUUUCAGCAGAUGUGCUGACAAAAGCAGACUAAACCAGCCUAUAUCAAAUUGUUAACAUCUCUGUAAUAGGACUCUGUCAACCAUUUAAGUGUUCUAUUAAAGUCCAAAAGCAUUUUUAGAUCUCCUGAGUAUCUCUGGAUUGACUUCCUACUCAAUAAUUUACGUUGUGUGAACAGGCUAUGAUACCCAUGAUCAUGCAAGGUUCUGGUUAGGAAAAUAUGGUUUGUGGGAAGAUAACAGUGCAAUCAAUGGAUGGAUGUUUUGGUUUGUACUGACUAAAAGUUUCUCCUUUUCUUAAAAUGGUAAUGUAGUGGUCAUCAUAAGUCCUUUGGUAAACAGCUGUCUGUCAAAUAUAGAUUGUUCUGCGUAAUUCUGAAUGUUGCAUAAGUAGAAAUUUGCUUGACACUGGAGGCAAAUAAAGAUUUUACAUUUUGCCA